CGCGCAGAUUCUCCAAACCCGGAAGCGGAUCGCGUGGAACGAGGGACCCUCCGGGACGCGGUUGAUUUCUAAAGGCUCAGGUUAAGUGAGGAAGCAGCUCAGAAGAGGCAAGAAAAGGAGCCAGGCAUGGCUCUUCCUCAGGGUCCAUUGACAUUCAGUGAUGUGGCUAUAGAAUUCUCUGAGGAGGAGUGGAGAUGCCUGGACCCUGCUCAGAGGACUUUAUACAGGGACGUGAUGCUGGAGAACUACAGGAACCUGGUCUCCCUGGCUACUUACUUACAGAGUGGCAAGGUUUUUAAUCAGAAGCGACAGCCUGUACGCCAUCGUAGAUUUCAUACUGGGGAGAAACCUUACAAGUGUAAUGAGUGUGGCAAGAACUUCAGUCAGAUGGCAAAUCUUGUAGGCCAUUAUAGACUUCAUACUGGAGAGAAACCUUACAAGUGUAAUGUAUGUGGUAAGACCUUCAGUCACACAUCAUACCUUUUUUACCAUCGUAGACAUCAUACUGGCGAGAAACCUUACAAGUGUAAUGAGUGUGGCAAGACUUUCAAUCAAAAGUCAUCCCUUACAUGCCAUCAUAGACUUCAUACUGGAGAGAAACCUUACAAAUGUAAUGAGUGUGGCAAAGGUUUUAAUCAAAAAGCACACCUUAAAUGUCAUCAUAAAGUUCAUACUGGAGAGAAGCCUUACAAGUGUAACGAGUGUGGCAAGAACUUUAGUCAAAUGUCAUCCCUUACAUGCCAUCGUAGACUACAUACUGGAGAGAAACCUUACAAAUGUCAUGAGUGUGACAAGAACUUCCGUCAGUAUUCAGCCCUUGUAAACCAUAAGGCAAUUCAUACCGGAGAGAAACCUUACAAGUGUAAUGAGUGUGGCAAGUCCUUUGUUCGAAAUACAACCCUUGUAAAUCAUAAGGCAAUUCAUACUGGAGAGAAACCUUACAAGUGUAAUGAGUGUGGCAAGUCCUUUGGUCGAAAUACAGCCCUUGUAAAUCAUAAGGCAGUUCAUAGUGGAGAGAAACCUUACAAGUGUAAUGAGUGUGGCAAGGCCUUCAGUCAGACAUCAUCGUUUACAUACCAUCGUAGACUUCAUACUGGAGAGAAACCUUACAAGUGUAAUGAAUGUGGUAAGGGUUUUAAUCAAAAGGCACACCUUGAAUGUCAUCAUAGAGUUCAUACUGGAGAGAAACCUUACAAGUGUAAUGAGUGUGGCAAGACCUUCUGUAAGAUGGCAAGUCUUGUAGGCCAUCAUAGACUUCAUACUGGAGAGACACCUUACACGUGUAAUGAGUGUGGCAAGAUCUUCAGUCACAUGUCAUCCCUUACAUGCCAUCGUAGACUUCAUACUGGAGAGAAACCUUACAAGUGUAAUGAAUGUGGCAAACAUUUUAAUCAAAAAUCACACCUUGCACCUCAUCGUAGACUUCAUACUGGAGAGAAACCUUACAAAUGUGAAGAAUGUAACAAAGUUUUCAGAAGCAAAUCACAGCUGGAAAGACAUAGGAGAAUUCAUACUGGAGAGAAACCAUACAAAUGUAAGGUUUGUGACAAGGCUUUUGGGCGUAAUUCAACCCUGGCAGAACAUACUAGAAUCCACACAGGAGAGAAACCUUACAAGUGUAAUGAGUGUGGCAAGGCCUUUAGGGGGCAUUCAACACUUAGUCACCAUAAAUCAAUCCAUGGUAUAGGGAAACUUUUCUAACGUAAUGUCAUCGAAUCUUCAGUAAGGCUACAGCCGUUGGAAAUCAUUAGAGAAUCCAUAACGAGGAGAGAUCUUACAAAUGUAAUAAAGGUGACAAAUUUCUUAGACAUCAUUCAUCUGUUGCAGUUUAUUGACAAACUUACACUGGAGAGAAACCUUACAAAUGUUAGGAUUGUGGCAAGGUUUUCAGUCAAGCUUCAUCUUAGGGAAAACAGGAGAAUUCAUAUAGGAGAGAAACCUCACAACUGUUAUGACUGUAGCAAGGCCUUUACGAUCACACGUCAUUAGACAUCAGAGAAUCCAUACUGGGCAGAAAUCUUACAAAUUUCCUAAGUGUGGAAAGCUCUACAGUCCAAGAACGUUGCAAAAUUCAUUUUUGAGACAAUUGUUCCAAAUGCAAUGAGUCUAGCAAACCAUCAAGCAUUAAUUGACAUUAGAGUCAAUUGAGCAUUGAUAAAAGUUUGAGUUGACAACAUUCAGGUCAAGCAUUAAUUGACAUUAAAGAGUUUAUGUGAAGAGGAUUGGUCUUGGCAUGUUUGCUCACGCCUGUAAUCCCAGCACUUCGGGAGGUCAA